CUCCAACUUGACUAGCUGUUUAAUGAGAAUUCUUUUUCUAUUUCUGGCAAGAAAUUCCUUGCUUUCUUGAUAAUUGAGUUAUUUCUCUCUCUCUCUCUCUUCCAAUUACAAAUACUUCAUUAACCGGAGAUAAGUACUACAGAAGCCCAAGUGAAGUACUUGUGAAAAUCAACUCCUGGGAUUACUAGUCAACGGACUGACCCAGAACAGAAAUUUAUCCCUAUAAGAUGUUUAUACUUCAAAAGCACGAAUAGCUGUUUCUUCCCCUUCUGAAAGAUACCAGAAUAUUCAAGCCUUCGGUUUAAAUGAUUCAGCGGAGAGUUACGGUUUGCUUUUACAAGUGAAAUAAUCGGAGUUCUCUAUAGUAAUUAUUGAUGAACACGAAAGCAGGUGCAGAUCCUUUUAAAUUGUCACUUCUCUGCUGCAUAUUCUGUGCUGUCGCCACAGUUUAGCCGUGGCCUAUAAAGUAAGAAAUAGAGUGCGUAUUGCUCAUGGCAAAUUAUCUUGCAGAUGGGAUAAAGGAAAUGUGCGACUGCAAUUGCCCUUUUAUAUCGGUCAUAUAGACAUUCUUUGACAUUGUCUGAAAGCAACCGAAAGUGGGUUGAUUCUAAAAUAUAUCUCAAAGUUAAAAGACUUUGCCACGUUCUCCUCUUCCUAAAUAUUAAGAAACCCACUUUUCCAACCUCCUGGAAAGCUGUAAUUGUUCCUUCUCAAUCUUUUGGGCCAACUUUCAACAACUCGGGCAAUGGAUUUUCUUGAAGUUAAGCCAAUUGUCUGUGACAGUGGAUCAGGCUCUGUAAAGGCUGGUUUUGCUGGUGACGAUGCUCCACGUGUAGUAUUUACCAACGUAAUAGGUCGGCCUCGAAACAGGCAUGCCAUGAUAGGUAUUGGACAGAAGGAUAUGUACUUUGGCGAUGAAGCAGAAGCAAGGAGAGGAAUUCUCAAACUAAGCAAUCCUAUCCAUCAUGGAAUUAUAAGAGAUUGGGAAGCAAUGGAGGGAAUUUGGGAGCAUACGUUCGACAGGGAGCUCAGGGUCGCGAUAGAAGAGCAUCCUGUUCUGUUAACAGAAGCUCCACUAAAUCCCAAAAUUAACAGAGAAAAGAUGGUGGAGAUAAUGUUUGAAGCCUUUGAAAUCCCAGCCACCUAUAUAGCCAUCCAAGCUGUGUUAUCAUUUUAUGCCAGUGGCCGGACUACAGGUAUUGUUAUGGAUUCUGGAGAAGGAGUGACAGAUAUAGUUCCAAUUUAUGAAGGUUAUGCACUACCACACGCCGUCCAUAGGCUUGAUUUGGCAGGAAAGGACCUGACAGAGUACCUGACCAGGAUUUUAGCAGAAGAGGGUUACAUUUUUACCACUUCUGCAGAGAAAGAAAUUGUAAGGGAGAUAAAAGAGCGAAUUUCCUAUAUAGCAAUGGAUUUUGAAAAAGAGCUUGCAACAGCAAGGAAAAGGUCAGAGCUAGACAAGCAAUAUGAAUUGCCUGAUGGGCAAGUGAUAGCGGUAGGAGCUGCAAGGUUCAGGUGCCCAGAAAUCCUGUUUGAUCCAAGAGGGUUAGGAAUGGAGACAGAAGCUGUGCAUGAGAUUGUGGCGAGGUCAAUUAGGAGGUGUGACAUAGACAUCAGGAGAGAGAUGUUUAACAAUAUAGUGCUUAGUGGUGGAACCACUGUUACGCCGGGACUAGCUGAUAGGUUGUCUAAAGAGGUUAGCAUUUUGGCACCUCCUGGCGUGAGGGUAAGAGUGGUUGCUCCACCGGAGAGAAAGUAUAGUGUCUGGAUUGGUGGCUCCAUCCUGGCUUCAUUAAGCACCUUUCAGCAGAUUUGGAUAACUAAGGAUGAGUACAUGGAAUCUGGAUCUUCCAUUGUGCACAUGAAAUGCUUCUGAAAGAUUAAUUUCUCAUGUUUUCUUUUACAAUACCAUAGGAUGUAUAUUUUCUUAAUUCAACAAAAAAAUCUGAAUGUCUAAGUCUAGAAAGUCGGGUGACAUAACCCGCUGACCUCUCUUAUGCAUUAUACUAACAAUUAAACCACAGUUGUUGAAAAUAGUAACAAGAAAAUGAUAUAAAAGAAAGAAGCCUCGGACCAUGCAGGGUUAUUCAUCACAGGCAUCUAGAAAAAAGAGCAACCAUCCCUGUGACAGGAAAAAGUCAUUUCAACCUUCCCUGUAAUAGGGAAAGGUCACUUUUAAUCUUCCUUAAAACAGAAAGGGACGUUGGACAUAGAUUACAAGGAAGCCAUUGUAUAGAUUAGGCUACCGUUGCAUACUUGUAUGUAAAUACCAGAACAAUCAAAUUGUAAUUUCAGAAUUUAAUAAACAAAGCAGGUUUCAGACCUGUGAAUCUCAAUAAAAAAAAAAACAACCCCAUAAGUUUUCUUUUUUGUAGAAUCA